AGCCCCACCGAGAGCCCAGGACGCCGGGGAAGGACUGGCAGGACGCAGGAGGGAGGUCGCGGUACAGGCAUGGCGAGGUUUCCGAGGGCCGACCUGGCCGCCGCAGGAGUUGUGUUACUUUGCCACUUUUUAACCGACGGGUUUCAGUUCGCCGAAGGGAAGCACGGAAACCGAGUUCAAGAUUGGAGGUAUGAAGUGGCUCAGGCUUUCCCUCCAACAGAAGAGGUGGAAGUGGAUUCACACAUGUACAGCCACAGAUGGAAAAGGAGUUUGGAGGCUCUCAAGGCAGUGGACUCAAAUCGAGCCAGCUUGGGCCAAGACUCUCCAGAUCCCAGAGGCUUCACUGACCUGGUUCUGGAUGAUGGGCAAGACAACGCCACCCAGAUUGAGGAGGAUACAGAUCACAAUUACUACAUUUCUCGGAUAUAUGGUCCAUCUGAUGCUGCCAGCCGUGAUUUGUGGGUGAAUAUUGACCAAAUGGAAAAAGACAAAGUGAAGAUUCAUGGGAUACUCUCUAAUACUCAUCGGCAAGCUGCAAGAGUGAAUCUGUCCUUCGAUUUUCCAUUUUAUGGCCAUUUCCUACGUGAAAUCACUGUGGCAACUGGGGGUUUUAUAUACACUGGAGAAGUUGUGCAUCGAAUGCUAACAGCCACACAGUACAUCGCACCUCUAAUGGCAAAUUUUGAUCCCAGCGUAUCCAGAAAUUCAACAGUCAGGUAUUUUGAUAAUGGCACAGCCCUGGUUGUCCAGUGGGACCAUGUGCAUCUCCAGGAUAAUUACAACCUGGGAAGCUUCACGUUCCAGGCAACUCUUCUUAUCGAUGGACGCAUCAUCUUCGGAUACAAAGAAAUUCCUGUGUUAGUCACAGAGAUAAGUUCAACCAAUCAUCCAGUGAAAGUGGGGCUGUCUGAUGCAUUUGUCGUUGUUCACAGGAUCCAACAAAUUCCCAAUGUUCGAAGAAGAACAAUUUAUGAAUAUCACCGAGUAGAGCUACAGAUGUCAAAAAUCACCAACAUUUCAGCUGUGGAGAUGACCCCAUUACCUACUUGUCUCCAGUUCAACAGUUGUGGCCCUUGUGUGUCCUCUCAGAUUGGCUUCAACUGCAGCUGGUGUAGUAAACUUCAAAGAUGUUCCAGUGGAUUUGAUCGCCAUCGGCAGGAUUGGGUGGACAGUGGAUGCCCUGAAGAGUCAAAGGAGAAGAUGUGUGAGAACACAGAGUCAGUGGAAACGUCUCAAACCACCACAACCAUCCAUACGACCACCACGCAACUCAGGGUCCUAACCACCACCAGGAGAGCAGCAACAGCCCAGCUACCCACCAGUCUGCCCACAGAAGAUGAUACCAAGAUAGCACUACAUCUAAAAGAUAAUGGAGCCUCAACAGAUGACAGUGCAGCUGAGAAGAAAGGAGGGGCCCUUCAUGCUGGCCUCAUUGUUGGAAUCCUCAUCCUGGUGCUCAUUGUAGCAGCAGCCAUCCUGGUAACAGUCUACAUGUAUCACCAUCCAACGUCAGCAGCCAGCAUCUUCUUCAUUGAGAGACGUCCAAGCAGAUGGCCUGCAAUGAAGUUUCGAAGAGGUUCUGGACACCCUGCCUAUGCUGAAGUUGAGCCAGUUGGAGAAAAAGAAGGUUUUAUUGUAUCAGAGCAGUGCUAAAAUUUCUAGGACAGAAUAGCACCAGUACUGGCUUACAGGUGUUAAGACUAAAAUUUUACCUAUAUCUUUAAGACACACACACACACACACACACACACACACGAGCCCCAAGCUGCUGUAGCCUGAAGAAGACAAGAUUUCUGGACAAGCCCAGUUCUGGAAGGGUAAAAGAAAAACUAAAACUUAUGCAAGAUGCCAUUUACACUGAACAUAGAAUUCCCUAGCAGAAUGGCAUCUGUAGUUCACUCGGAACAUUUCCUGUGGACUUACCAGAAGUGUGACAAGAUUGCAGUGCUUUUUGGCUUAGGUGCAGGGUUGCAAAGGGAUUGAGGAAAAAUAGAAUAAUAAUAAAGCUGUAGUUCACAAGGGAUCUAUAACUUUGGUUCAAAUGUUCUUAUCUGAUGUCUCAAAGAUAUCUGUGUUCCCAAGCUGGAAUUCUUUUCCUUGAAAGAACAGUGAUGAAUGUUUCCUGUGUGCUGAGAACUAUAGCUCAUGUGGAGGCAAAUCAAACACAAAUGAGAAAUUUUCUAUCUUUUCCAAACAAACGUGUGGCAAAAAGAUUUUGUUUUUCUGCUUUCGGUCCAUCUAUUCUGCCAAAUUCAUUACUUUAUGGGCUGAACCCUUCCUCUGUACAUGAAGUUCAAACUAUGCCUGCCUCUUCCUUGGCAAUGAAUGCCUUUUCUAUGAGCUGUGACAUUUCCUCACUUUUAGCUAAGAAUUGGGAAGGGGGGAGUAUUAAAUGAGGCUUUCUGUUCCCCUGCCUCAGAAAAAAGCCUGUACAUGGUUUUAGGAGGCAUUGCUUCCAUUUCCCAAGUGGGACGUCCGUGAAGUCACAGUUGCUCUUGGCUGAUGGAAACAAGCAGAACUAAUACAAAGAAUUUCUUGAUCAUUUUUUGAGACAAAAUGGUAAGGGAUUUUCAUACAGGGUUUCUGAAUUUUUUGCCAUUUCAGUAUGAAAAGCCCAUUUCAUUGAUGGUUCCUAAGAAGCCAUUCGAGUCAAUCUGUCCCUGGUGAUAAAACAAUGGAAGAACCCUGCGGAAUCAUACAGUAAUUUUCUUUAAAGCACAUAGUAGUUACAUAAAUCUCUAUAUAUAUAAAUAUAUUUUUGUUUAUAACUAACACAAGGCAGGCUCUUGUGACUCUAAGAGUGCAUUUUGUCAUCAACACAAAACAAAUGCAAGAUGCAUCGCUGCGUUACUUCCAGAGUUGUAAAAUAAUCUUUAAUAUUAGAAUAUUUUUAUGUCACUUGGCAAAAGUGGUUAAAUUCAUUGCAGUCCCAUCAUUUUCCUACUUAUCUGACCCACUCCUUCAUUGAUAUCAACCCUUCCCUCACUGCCUAAAUGAAGUGGGCACAAAAAACUCCCUAGAUGGAGCUGCCAUUCAUCCCAUAAUCACAACCUAGAUUUUGAAAAUUCCCCAUGAGUAAAGAAAGGAAAGGCAUUGUUUGAGGAGGAAAGUAGUUAACAUGUGUCCUGAGUUCCUAAAGUUUAAAUUCUGGUACCAUGUGUACAAUUUCAUCAACAUCUUCACCCAUGGAACUUCUCUGUUCCGCAGAACAUGGCACACCAUGUUGGUUCUUGUAAGAUACAGUGUUCAACAUUUGCAGAUUCAGGUCUCAAAACACAGUCAUGUUCCCAAAAUAGUAUUUCACUAACAGCUUGGCAUCUGUGCACAAUGUCUGCAUUGGACGGCAUCAAUCCGCUAACAAAAGCAUCACACUUGUUCGUUACGGUGGCCUGACAUAAACAAUGCUGUUUUCUGUCGACAUAUAUUUUGCUUUACAUUUUUAAGUAUCUGAUGAGAAUGAUAAUUUUUCUAAACUGCUUAGUUAAUAAUGCCAAAAAGAAAAUGGAAAAGCAAAGUGAUUUAAGGAUGUAAUGACAAUCUCUCUGCCAUAGCUAUGUUCAGUUUAUAUGAAACAUCCCAACUUAUUCUUUGGAGUAGGUUUGGUCAGAUAGCAAUAGCCAAUGACUUGCCAAUGUAACUGGUGCAACUGGUAUUGUAAACAUACUUAAGGAACAUAUAGACAACUUCCUCUUAGGAUAAGAUGAUGCUUAUUUUGUGAGCUUUUGUGGUAGGUGUGGCUUCCAACAGCAGUGGAUUGACAUUUAUAUAAAUAUCUUGCCUCAGUGUCUCACUCACUCCUUGCGUAUUUCAAAUAUUAACAUUAUCCUCACACUUUUCAGAGCUUAUCUUUCAUGUUAAAUUCAAAAGAACUGAUAAUUCUGUACAGCGAAUAAAAUUCUGAAUUGUUGAAUGAACCAAAGCAUCAAUUAACAGGGAAAAAUUCAAAGUACAAAGGCUCAUAAUGUAUGGAAACUUCCUAGGAGAACUAAAAGUUAAAGACAAUGAGAAGUCUCUGUUGCCUAUGAGUCCUCUAAGUAACAAGGAGAAAUGUUGGCUGAAUCCCUCCUCUUACAAGACUGUCAUUCUAUUUUUCACUGAAUUUGUUAUUCUAGUUUUUUCUUGGUGCUCAUUUCUAGAAAAGAAGGACAAACACAGUUUCUGGAAAUUUCAUAGUGGAUAACACAGUUUUGAAACAUGUAUAUGUAUAUGGUAUGUAUAUGUACGUAUAUAGUAUUAGAGAGAAUUAUGUGCACAUCACUCAAUAGGCCACGAACAUAGAGAGAGAAUAAUAACAAUUUAAACAUAAGAACAACAAAGGAACAUAACAGGCUUACCUGGAGAAGUCAGGUAAGUGGUGCUACAGAGGAAUUUAGUUGUUUCAUCCUAAUUUGUAAAAAUAAUCAGUGAUUAGAUAAAGUUAUUCAAAAUCAAGAAAAAUAUCAGAAGCCAACAAGAUGACAUUUGUCUUAAUGUUGGUUUGUUAUGAAGGGUUUGGACCUUCGGAUAUACUAACAAAUAGAAAAAUAAAUAGUAAAGCAUCACUGACCACAAUUAUUAAUUUUAUCUAGAUCUGUGUUAUCCAAUAUUGUACCUAUUAGCCACAUAUAGCUAGUAAUAUUGAAAUUAAAUACAAUUUGCAGUUUAGUUUUUCAGCCAUACCAGCCACAUUUCAAAUAAGCAAUAGUCUCAAAUGGCUGAUGAUUACUAAGUUGGUUGAACGACACAAAACCCUUCUAUCACGGCAGGGAAUUCAUUUGGAAUGUAUUAUAGAAAUGUUCCCUUUAGUUCUCUGUCCUUGACAAAGUAAGAGGCUGUAAGAGAAAGAAUUCUGUAGCUCACGUAUGUGCCCAAGCAUUUAUUUAUCUUAGAGAGACCAUAUAGUGUAUUGAAAAGAAUAUACACUGAUACAGUUUUGUGUCUUCACUAUGUUAUUUUGCCAAAACCACUUCAACAUCCCCAAGUCUCAGCUUGAAUUUUGGAAAAUAAACAUACUUUUGUCUUGUUUUCCUUGCAAGAAUGCUGUACAGAUUGACUAAGUGCAUAGAUGUACAGUAUUUGAAACCUUAUAUCAAUAUAAUGCAUAUAAGCCUUCUUUUGGUCCAGUGACAGUGCAAAUUUGCAAUAAAAGAAGACUAGUCCGUAAAUCAAAAAAGCAAAGAUAACUCAGUAUAUUUCUUCAGAAAGUGUCAAAGGAAAAUCAUUCAAAUAAACACGGGAGAAUUAAUUCCUUUUUGCCCAUCUAAAUAUGUCCACUAAUAUUACAAAAGAAAUAUAAUGUUUCUGGUAUCUGUUGCCCAAAAAACAAAAAAAUUUUCUAGUAUUCAUGCCUUGGUUUAAGACAUUUUAAUUCUAUAAUAAAAAAUUCAUAUCUAAGGCUACUUGAAAAACAGAUCCUGUGGUUAUGUUUCCUUCCUCCUGUGAAAAAUUCUUUUACUUUACAUUUCCUCAGAAACUUUCUUCUGGAAAAACUUGACAUUAAUUCCAUUAAUGUCCAAAUUAAUGGCCCAUUAAUUCCAAAAGAUUUCUCCUGCUUUUUUACUUUCCUAUUCUAACACUCAACAUUAUCAUCAGCAUCUGUAUGCCAGGCUCAUGAGAAGUCAUUUCAUGUAAUCUAUGAAUUCUAGGGAUAAGACAACCAAGGCUUAAAGAGUUACAAAAAUUCUCCAUUGUUGGAAUGAGGUUUUGAACUUAAUGCUCAUCAGUCAUUUUUAUUCCAACUUCUGUUUGGGUACAUCCUUUUAUCAGCAAUUAAGACCAAUUAACAGAGUCCAUCUCCAAACCAACUCUGUUUGCUCUGUGGAUUAUCUGCUCUAUCCUGUCGCAGGAAACUCUGCCAUGCUGCUGUCGUGAGAAUGCUGCUAUCCCUGUAACCACCAGCAAAUUUAAGGUCUAGCUGCUGCAAGAUCUUUAUUUGAUUUUGCAUGUUUCCUCUCCCACCUCCCUAUCUGUGGCCAUGCAAGUUUGUACCACUAUUUAUCCUUGCCACUUAUAAUUUGCCUUUGUUUUGUGUCUUCCUAAAUAUACUAGAAAGCUAGCAUGUUCAUUCAAUUACAAUUUUGAUUAGUUUUUUAAACAUUGGGACAUUUGUGCCCUAAGAAGUACUUGAGAGCAGUUUUUGGGAAAUCAGUAGUGUUACAAAGAUACACUCACAUUACCGUAUGUUUAUAAAGCACUUUACAUUUUACAGAGCACUUUGAUCCAUCCAUUCUGUUCGUUCAGUGACUACUUUACUCAAUUAUUUAUUGACCACCCACUAGAACCAAGUUACUGUGCUGCAUCUUAUAUGCCGUGACAACUACAAAUAGAGUUCAGAUUUGUAAACUGAUCAUUACAACACAAUGAAAUUGUCAAACACUACUUUGCAAGUAGGCAGGACUGUAUUUCCCUAAAUUUCCUACUUUGAAAACUCUAAAGUAUUUGUCCUGAACAAUGUUGAUGAAAUAUAAUAUACCAUAGCACAUGCGUGCUAUUUGUUGUAUUUUAAAUGAUCUGUUGAUUUCAUGUAUAAGAAAAAAACUUAUUCAAAGGUAUCCCUGGUGCAGAAAACUCACUGGCAAGUUUUUCUAAGCAGAUGCAAUAGUUGAAAUUUUCCUCUCUUGCAUGCCUUUCUUCCAUCGAUUCUGAAUUGUGAGCCUCAUUAUUUUCAGGCCCUCAGAAGCACUGUAUCAAAGGAGCAUUUGCACUUUUAAGUGGGUAUGAUUCUUACAUCAUUUAUUAGACCAUCUCAGGUUUUCUCAAACUCAGCACUAUUGACAUUUUAGCCCUGAUAAUUCUUUGUUUGAUGUGGAGGAAGUGGUUCUCUGUAUUAUACUAUGUUUGGUAGCUUUUAUGGCUUUCCCUGACUACACAGUAGAAUACACAUCCUGUCUUGUUAUGACAACCGAAGAUGUCUUCAGGCACUGCCAGUGUUCCCUUGAAUGGAAAGGAUGAGAGAAGAUUGACCAGACCCACCCCUGGUUAAAACCACUAUGCCAAAAAGGGCCAAAAUAAUUUUUCAUUCUGUUGUCAUUUGAUCAUCAUUGCAGGGACCUGACAAUAAAGUCACACAUCUUCAGCAUCUCACGGAUUUGCUUUGGGAAGUUACUUCUGUCACUGCACACAUUAUAAAAAUUUUGUUUCUUAGUCUUUGUCUCAGUGUAUAUAGAAGUUGAAGCUGAGUACACCUAAUUUUGUCUCAUUGAAUACUGUAUUUCUAUUUUUAAUUCUGGAAAUGUUUCUUAGUCACAUAAUCAGAAUAUUCUCUUUUAUUAUCCAUUCAGUGCUAGGCAUAUAGCAGUAGUAGUAAGGUUGAUUUGUUUCAUUAUUUUUCUAUGGGAAAAAAAGAAAAACCUUGACUAUCCAAAAUCAUUGAAAAUUGUAAUGCAGAGUUGGAAUACUUUUAAACUACCAAGCCAAAGUUUAUAUUCAUUUGAUGUGCCUUAUGUCAGCUUUCCUGUAGUACCGGCGAUUUCCUGUGGACAACUCUGAAUCCAAUUAGUUAGUACUUGUCUCUGUUUUUUGCACUGACUGAAAAUAUUGAUGAAGUUAAACAAAGACAGUCCCUUAAAAAUAUCCCCAAAUCAACAGCAAACUGGAUUAACAGGCUUCCGUAUUCCUUUACUGAGACCAACUCAGACUUCAAAAGCAUUCAUAAUUACUUACUACAAAUUUACUUAUAUGGAUACAAAAUGAAAACAUUCACUAUAAAGUCUAUGACUAUAGAUUAUUAAAAAGUGCACCCAGGGAAAAUUCUUGUAAGAAAACAGAAAAUUUCAAUUUAGCAGACCCUCAAAUGUUGGUAUAAUUUUCUACUCUAUCAACCUACUUGGUAUCAUUUCUUAAAAUUUUAAGUAAGCUGAUUCUUUAGAUUCAACUUUAGAAUGGAUCUGUCUUAAUUAUUGCCUGGCAUAAGUUUUAUACCAUCCAGUGCUCAUCGCUCUUAAAAUGGUUGUUACAGAGAAGCAAAAAUGGUGACUCAAAAAGCACAUAAUUUCUUGAGUUUGAUUUUGCAUUGUAACUUGAUAGAAUACAUUAUCAUUGACUUCUUGUUAACAUAUUCUUAUGAAUAACCAAAGAAUGCCCAGAAAAGUUAGUUAGUUUUCCACAGUGAAAGAUUCUAUGUUAGUUUAUACAGCCAGGAUAAAAGGCUGGAAAAAAAAUAAAUGCAAACCACAAACUUGGAACUCAACUUUAUCUGAUUUAUAAUUUUACUAACAUUUAAAAAUUACUUGUUUUAUCCCCUGGUAAAGUAAAAUUUUAAAAAACUUGUCAGAUAGUGAUAUUAUAUUCAUUUUAUUCUAGUUGAAAAAUUUCAGUGACUUUCAUCUGUCUCUCUGAUAUUUGGAUUUUUAACAGCAAUCUCUUUUCCAUGGCAUUAAAAAUACAUAUAUUCAUGAUUUUACUGAAAUCUCAUAACUGAUCACACAGCUGUAAACUUUUUGUAUCUAUCAAAUAAAUACAUAACAUGAUCAAAUUUUACAAGUUUGCUGUAUUGCAGGUGAUACGAGCAUAGUGGUGGAGAAACAAAGAUGACUUGUUAAAAAAAAAAAAAAAAAAAAAGAUAAAGUGCUAAAUAUAUGAUCCGGCAGAGUUUUUAACAUCUUCAGAAUAUUCGCUAAGGAUCAGUUCACGUUCAGGACACUGGACACGCAGAUAUGGAGCACAUAUUUGUAAGUGAUGCUAAAAGACAUGUGACAUGCAGUACAGAAUGUGUCCAAUUAGCCUAUGACCCAGCCACUGGAUCUCUUCUAUGGCACCAGUCUUGAUGCCACUGAAGCCCUUGAUCUAGAGAACUGGAUUACUUAUUCUCAAAAAGAAACUUUCCAUUUAUUUCCCUCUAAUUUAAAAAAAAAAAAAACAUUAUCAUAUUCGUUGGUUUCCUUUAGCAGAGACCAUGAGCCAAGCAACCACACAAAGGCAACAAAAUAAAAUAAGAUUAAUUUCCCCAAGGGAUAGAUAAGGGUACUUUCAUCUGUGAGCCCAGAACUGCGUCUCUGUGAAGUUUGAUGAUCUCAGGAUCCGAGCCACAGUGCCAUUGUCUAGACAUUGCAGUGAUGUCUGCACAACAUUUUUAAAGUAGUUUGAAGGAAAAACACUCAUAUUUAUAGCAGGGAGGAAAAAUCAAGUGUCUUCAAUGCUCCUGUGAAAAGAACAUUAGGAGAAAUCAGAGCAACUCCUUGCCAGAAAAUGUUAAAAUCAUUUUAGGAAAUCAAUUUAGCGUUUUUAGACACAGACAUCUUGUGUAUGCUGUAACCCAGUCUUGCUCGGGGUCCUCGCCUAGCAGUGGUGCGAGUCUUUUUUUGGUCUCAGCUGCCUGAUUUGAGGCGUUUGGACAGCGCCUGGGAAGUACAUUAUUUCCAAGGGAAAAAAGACAGUCUUUUUCGCAUGCCAGCCGGGAUCAUGGGAACUUCGAAUGCCAGGAAUUUACUCCUGUUUCUGGUAAUUUUGCUCGUAGUCAUUUGAAAUGUUGAAGGCUGAAAAGAGAAGGCUCUAAGCAUCGGAGCGGGGCAGGAGGGAGGAGGGGGCCCUGCACGUUUUCUGCCAGUUGCUCUAUUGCACAGAAUAUUCGUAAUGCAUUUGGAAGCGCGUAUAAUUGUACUCUUUGUCAGAAUUACAAAGCUCGCUGUGGCACUGCUAAGAGAACACUGAGGAAAAUCUGACCCUACGAAGCCCAGUCAACCCCAAACAAAAAGGAAGCCUGUGUGGAGGGGCACGGCACAUCGCCAGUCCGUUUCUCACUAUUUCUGAAAGCUCGGACCACCCAACCAAGGAUGUGUCUGUUUUCAGGUGAAGGUUAAUUUUCUAAAAGUUUUUCCAAAACUUCAAUAAUACAAAGCUUGGAAAACCGAGCACUCUGAAUUUCUUCCAGUCCUCUGGGCAUCAUUCCUAUUCCCUCUGCUGUGUCAGUGAGCUAGGCCAAGGCUGCCUUCUGUCAUCUCCAGUAACACACAUACUCCUCCGCGACCUUACUGCGAAUGGACCUGAACCUGCAAGUGUAAAAACGAUUGCAUCUGAAUGUGCACUGAUGGUGUGGGAGAACAAAAGCCCUUGAUUGGAAUCUUUUCAAAUUUUAAACUAUUAUUUUCACUGAAAGUUUGAUAAUCUAAGUUCAAAGGUGUUUCCUUGCAGCCAUUAAUUGGCCACUGAGUUAACCUUUUAAAGGGGAUCCCUAUGCUUGCAAUAAUUCAUUGAUGCUUUCUUCACACAGCUUCUUAAACUAAGAUUUUCUGCAAUGACUCGGGUUCUGCAUUCUGUGUGUAGGAAAUCUUUUUUUUUCUUAAUAAUUAUUUGAUGAGAAAUCCAAUGUAAUGACUGUCACCAAGACACAAUACUUGUCUGAAAGUCUGGAAACUAGUGGUGACCAAACGUUACCUGUUUUCCUGCUGUCAAUUGCUAUUUUAAAAAUUAAAUCAUGGUUUUUCGCUUUCAGUUGGAAUCAACAAAUGUGGGAUAUUUGAAGGGGGAGAAGGGCGCUAUUUGUGUAACAGUACUGUCAUAUUUGGCUACAUAUUAAACAUAAUAAAUGAGCAUUUUGUUUUAA